CCUGCGCCGCGUCCCCGCUCCGCUCCGCUCCGCUCCCCGCCGCGCCUCUGCAGUGGCGGCGCCGCGUCCCCUCCCCGCCGCGCCGCGCCGCGCCUCUCGCACCGCACCGCGCCGCGCCUACCCAGGGAUGUGUAAGCCACAGGAUGCCCAGCAGCACUGGAAAGAGGUUUAAACCUACCAAAUACAUCCCCGUCUCCACCGCAGCUGCCUUGUUAGUGGGCUCGACUACUUUAUUUUUUGUUUUCACGUGCCCGUGGUUAACAAGAGCCAUCUCCCCAGCCAUUCCCGUGUACAAUGGGCUCGUGUUCUUGUUUGUACUCGCAAACUUCAGCAUGGCAACUUUCAUGGACCCUGGAGUUUUUCCACGAGCAGAUGAAGAUGAGGAUAAAGACGAUGAUUUCCGAGCUCCGCUCUACAAGAACGUGGAGAUUAAAGGAAUCCAAGUACGGAUGAAAUGGUGUGCCACUUGCCACUUCUACCGCCCACCACGCUGCUCCCAUUGCAGCGUCUGCGACAACUGUGUUGAGGAUUUUGAUCAUCACUGCCCAUGGGUGAACAAUUGCAUAGGACGGAGGAACUACCGAUAUUUUUUUCUCUUCUUGCUGUCCUUAAGCACGCACAUGGUUGGAGUGUUCACUUUUGGGUUGAUCUUUGUUUUACACCAUGUGGAAAAGCUGGGGGCAGCUCACACCACCAUUACUAUGGCUGUCAUGUGUGUUGCUGGACUGUUCUUUAUUCCAGUCAUUGGUCUCACAGGUUUCCACAUCGUCCUAGUGGCCCGAGGGCGCACAACCAACGAACAGGUGACGGGUAAGUUCCGUGGGGGUGUGAACCCUUUCACUCGAGGAUGCUGUGGAAAUGUGGAACAUGUGCUCUGCAGUCCUCUGGCUCCCAGGUACAUUGCUGAGCCAAAGAAAAAGCAGGCUGUGAGUGUGAAACCUCCUUUCCUCAGACCAGAUCUAUGCGAGCGACAGAUCACAGUGAAGAUAAGUGAUAAUGGGAUCCAAGCCAAUCUUAACCGCAGCAAGUCUAAAAUUAGCCUGGAGGGUCUGGAGGAUAAAACCAUGGAUGUGCAGCCACCUCUGCCACCCAAAGGAGAUCCAAGCAAGUACUCAGAAUUAAAAGGGCAACUGGGGACCAGUGAAGAGGGUGGUCUUUCACCCAAAAUGAUCAGCCCCCCCACUCCUGCCAUGUAUAAGUAUCGACCAGCGUUCAGCAACAAUCCCAAAGUCCACUACCACGCUGCAGCUGAGCAGAUCACCAUGCAGGAGGGGCAUAGUCAAGGUGUUAUGAUAGAAGAGGAUGGCAGGAGCCUUGAUUACCAAUCAGAGCCCAACCUGGACAUCCCUAACUACAGGAAGAGCUCCCUGCACAAGACUUAUCAGUCCUCACCAAUUCAGAUAGACUCCUUUGCCAUCAAUUCACGAUCCCUGAGCCUGAAGUCUGCCAGCAGAAGAGGAACAGAUAAAGUGCCCCUUCACCCAAUAAAUUCAGAAGGGGCUGCUUCUACUCCGUACAAAAGCAUCUUUUCCCCCAAUUCCCUGUCCAACAGAAAUGGAAGCCUUUCUUAUGACAGCUUGCUAAAUCCUAUGUCCCCCUCGGGAAGGAAAUGCGUCACCCAUUCUGCAGUUGGCUCCGUUGGGUACCAUUCACCAUAUCUGUCAGCCAAAAUGUGCCAUCUCCGGGGGAGUGAGCUACAGCGCCAGCCACCACAGAGCUUCAGCCCAGUGCUUGGGAGCCCAGCUUCACAUCAGCGGGACCCCUCUCCAGUACGCUAUGACAACCUCUCGAAAACCAUCAUGGCCUCCAUCCAGGAGAGGAAAGAAAUGGAAGAAAGGGAGAAGCUCCUCCACUCGCACCCAGAUUCAGUGUUUGCAGACUCUGGUGUCUAUGACACCCCUAGCUCUUAUAGUCUUCAGCAAGUCAGCAUGCUGUCUGAAGACCCUCGCAGCAUGGCAAUGAGAUAUGGAUCUAGAGACAAUCUGAUAUCUGCUACCAGUUUUAGCACAAGGAACCCUUUACUGCAGUCCUCGGUGUCUUCACUUUCGAGUGCAAUGACAAGGGCACCAAGGACUUCCACAACUUCCCUUCAAGCUGAUUUAGCUAAUAACAAUGUCCAGUCUCAUCAGGCCCUACAGGGCAGGGUGAGCAAUGGCUCCUACAAGUCACCAGGCCACCAGGUCCCAUCAUCUCCUACGGGGAUGCCUAGAUCGCCCUCUUAUGGAGGUCCGAAGGCCGUCUCAUUUGUUAACACUGUGGAAAUUACAGAGGUGCAGUCGGUAGGAGCACAAAGGGAGGACAUGCAGAUGAAGACACCUCACAGUAAAAUAAAUGGACAGCCAAAAGGAAUUUCCAGGGCAGAUUGUCGACUGGGUUCAACAUCUAGUUCCCAAGGGACCCCAGUCAGUCCUGCAAGACACUCAAACGUUAAGAAGGUAUCUGGAGUUGGUGGAACAACCUAUGAAAUUUCAGUGUAAAAUAAAAUAAAAGAGCCAUCCACUAAGCCAGCCAUGAAGCUAGGUGCACUGUGAAGACUCAACAACAACAGCAAAGGAGCAGCAGCUGCCAGUGUCCUUUUAAUUUUUGUCCUCAUCUUUUUUUCUUUUUUUUUUUUUUUGGCCAAAACCCAGCUGCGGGGAGGGAACAGAACUGUACAGUCCAUCAGACACUCUCAAACUGACGGUCGGGAACUGGCUACCACCUAGCACCAUAACCAGAGAGAUUAUUUCUUUCAUGAAAGAGAACGAAAAAGCCAUCGUGCACUUGUCUGUCACACAAACCGGUUGUGUAGAAGUUGUGCUGUGAUAUAGUACACUUAAUAUGGGGUCACUAUAUUUUCCCCACCCAUACCCCCAACUUUUCUGGCCAGCAGAGUCUCUUUGGAGCUAGAGGCCUGACUGCUUCUUCCUAUGGACAUGGAAGCCAGGCUUCCCAAGUUUCACAGUCUGCGUGUGUGAGAACUGCCAUUUGUCCUCCAAGCAUUAAUGUCGGCGUUAUUACUCCUCCUCCAGUGGAAGAGGGCAGGAGUGCAGCAGCCCUCAAACCUUAUGUAGUGUUUUCAAGUCUCUCUGCUCUGACUUGGGUUCAGGAGGAGAGAAAGGAUAACAACAGCUUCUCACUGUCAGUCAUUCGCCUUCCUGUGUGUGAAAUCCUGUGUGCGCGUGUUUGUGUCUCGUGGAACAGGACUGCCACAUAAGUAAGGAUUUUCUAUUCUUCUCUGUGGUUCUCUCUGUUUUUAAUGGUUCUUGUACUCAGAGAACCAAGUGUAUAAGGAAAGAAAUGUUUGAAUGGAAAACUAAAUUUUGAAUAGCCAGAGACUGCCUCCCUCCCUCAUUUUUGCCUAUUGAAUUUAGGCAGUAAUGUGGUUUAUUGUCUUGCACUGGUGCAGUGUAUAAAGCCUUGCAGCAAGGUUAUCGUGAUCUGUUGAAUAUCCAGUGCGUGUGAUGGAGCCAAGCACAUGCUUAGAGGUUAUAAGUUUGUUGCCUGCCUAAUGACUAGUGUGUUCCCACCAGCCCUCAGUGUUGAACCGAAUUUUUCAGUAUCAGUAAAGUCCACUGAGUUAUCUGGGGCCUUCUUCUGUCCCUAGAAACCAUUGCUUACCUUAAUAGGUUUAAAAGCAACAUUAUUUUAAGAACCAAAAGAAAAGCUAGUGUACAAGUUCUGGGUAAACCAAUUUUGUAAAAAAUCCAUUUUUAACCACCUUUAGAGAUUUGUAAUACAGAGAUCUGGAGCACUGUUAACUGGGAAGAUCAUAUAUGCAAUUAAGAAUAUCCUGAAUGACUGCAGCUGAAGUCAGAUGGAAUGAUUACUUACCUCUGAGCCAGUCCGAUAGCAUAUGAAAUCUUUGUUUCUUGGCUGUUUUUUCCAGUAAAAGGUUUCUGCUGGACAUCUAAAUUCAUCUCCCUUCAGAGUGUUAAUAAUGCCUCCUUUGCAGUUUAUGUUUAAAAAGGGAAGAUUUCCAGAUAUUGAUAUUCAGAAUUUGUUUAUCCCUAAAUACAUAUACAUAUGUAUAUAGCUAUGUAGCUAAUUGUUUUCAUUAACAUCAAGAUUUAUUGUUCCUUGAGAAAUUUUGUUGUUGGCUUUGCCUUGCUUAACACUUCUCUCUUGAUUUGAUAAAUCUUUAUACCUCCCACAAUAUCUGCUUAGUCUGUCCUUGGUCAAUCAGCCCUCGUGUGGAGAAGAUGGAAAGCAUUGUGGGAUCAAUCGUGCUUCUGCAUCAUUUGAAGAGAGGAAUUGGAAAAGCAGUAUUGUGAUAGUGGACAGACAGCCAGAUACAGGUUUGCAGUCAAUACGACAGAAGAGGCCUGGUGACUUUUUGAAUGGCAUACAACAGGGACAUCACAGAGCAGAGAAGCAAUUGCUCUUCUAAACAUCUUUGGUACAAUCGUGUCUAGAAUAUCACCUUUAGUUACAGGCACUUUAUUUCCAAAAAGAUGCUGGCAAAUUGGAUCGUGCUCAAAUGGGAACAGCAACUAUAAACAGAACUGGAGAGGCAGGUUCACAAGAAGAUUAAAAGGGCUAGACUGUGUCAUUAAUUAAGCAAUGAUUAUGGGAAGUGGGUUUGAUAUGUUUACGUAUUUUUAACUCAAUGGAUGUAAAACCAAAGGUGAAACAUGGGGUUAUCACUGGUAGUAAAUGGGUUAAGUUAAAAGGGAAAAAAAAUGACUAACAGGGGAAAGGGCUGUGGAGUAGUCUUCCAAGGCAGGGUAUUGGAAGCAUGACCACUUGGAACUUUUAAAACUGAACUAGUCAAAACAGUUGAAAGUUUUUGAUAAAUUGCAAUCUUGCACUGGCACGGGGCUGGACCAGAUAACCUGAGAGCUUCCUUCCACCUUCAGUUUCUACUAAUCUUCGAUUCCAAUCUGAAUGUAACUCCACUCCACGUGUGGUGAAAAUCAAUCCUGCGCACAGGAUUAGUACAAGGCUUUACAUAUCUCUACAGGCAUAUUUACUCACACUGAAGCCCUCAAUGUAGGAGCUAAAUGGCACGUACAUUGUGUUGCUAAUCUGUAUUGGGACAAAUUUCACUCUGUAGGGUUAUAAAGCAAGCUAUGCAAGCAAACCUUUAAUAUUGUACCCAUUAGCAUUAAAAAUCUGCAUCUCUGUGACAUUUGUACAAUUACAGUGAAAAGUAGAAAAGUCCAUGGAAGAGCUGAAGGGCAAAAGGGCCUUUGAAAUUGCUAUAUAAGCUCACGGGCAAGGAUUGUCCAAUAAAACUAAACAUAGCACUCUCUGUAUAAACCUUUUAAAGCCCUUGCAGCCAGUGUUAUUUUGGUAUAUCUCAGGCAGGAAGAUGAAGAAAAAAUAAAUACAUGGGAUAAUUAGAUUCAGAUGCAAAUUCUACAUAAGUUUUGUGAAAAGCAGAAUUGAAACUCAUCCGGCAUAUUCAUAGGCUAAUGAUAGUACCAAAAUUCUUCUUUGAGGCUUGCAUAAAGACUAAGAGUAGCACAAAUGGCCUGGAGGCUAGAGCAAAUUAUUCCAGUCUUCCUGGAAACAGGAAUCUAUGCAGAACAGUUACCCUGGGAUUGCAGGGCACCUGUUCCCAUCUAAGGCUCUGGUCCCCCAGGUGAAUCCGCAGGAGCUCCAGCGCUGGCUUGCAUGUUCCAGUGGCAGGAUCUAGCCCCCUGUCACCUUUACAAGAUUGCCACAGUUAAUGUCCUUCAGGCAGCCUCUGCAUUAUCAAGAAAUUACUGCUUUUAUCCACUAUUUUUCUAUUUUUAUUAGCACUAAGGGCCAUAUCCUCUGCUGAUGUAAAUUGGUGCUGCUUUGUUUACAUUGAUUCGGCCCACACCAAUUUCCUGCAGCUAAGGAUCCAGUCCAUUCAGUCCUAACAGAAAACUCUGGUGCAGGUUUAACAUUUUGUAAAGUAGCUCUUUUUUUUUUCUUGCUUAACACAUAUUUCAAAAGUCUUAAAUCUUUUGAUUAGGUUUUUAUUUUUAGCUAUGAGUUGUAUAUUAAGCCUAUUAGUUAUUUAAAAAAACACCAGUGGUUUUCAUUUAGUUUAUGCGUCAGUUUUCAUUGUAUAUCAGAUGAUUAUUAGCAUCGCUUCACUGUUUGUUCACUUUCAUGUAAUACUCAGUUUCAUAUUAGUACAGUCUGUCUUGAAAGAGUCAGAUGUCGAUACAAUUAAUUGUACAAUAUAUAGAUGAAUAUGAAAUUAAAUAUACCUUACUCCAUGGGUGGGUGAGAGAGGAGAUGUUUUUACUUGAAGCCUUAAUAUUUUCCUAUUUUAUUUCUUUGUGUGUUGACUUAAUAGGAAAGCUGUAAUAGCAAUGAAUUUCAAAUGCCAGGCCAAAUUCUGCUCUGGCUUAUAGGUGGCAUUUGGCCCUGUAUGUCAAAAACUAGAUGCAGAAAUAAAUUAGGAAUGAGCAAAGUUUUUAUAUUCUCAGAAGCAAAAAUUCUUGGGACUGAUUAUUUUCAUGCAGAUGGCUAACAACAUUUGAGAUGCAUCACCCUAUAAGAAUUUGUAUUAAAGAAAUCUCUAAGUCUUGCAUUAUCAAGGGAAUUGAUAACAAGAAGCAUACAACUAUCACAAGUUUGCAUUUUCCUUUUAAAUUAAAAAAAAAAUCAAGUUAUUUUGGUUGACCUCAGCAGUAAAAGUGGCUCAGACCUCUGCUUCAGGGGCUAAAAUCGGAUGUGUGGCAAACGUUUUUCUUUAUGUUGUUAUUUCAAAAACACAAACCAAGGGUUACACAAACUUUGCUGAAGACAAUUGUAUCUGGGGCAGGGGGAAGAGGGAGGCUCCUUGGAUGAUGGCUGUACUCCUAAAAAGCUUAAAUAAUGUGGAAAUUGGAAUGUGGUUUGUUUUGAACUAUAUAGCCUUUUGGUGAGGCAAGGGGGGGCAUUCACUGUUGUUGUCACAUAGACAGUAUGGGAAGUUUAUGUUGACAUGUUUAUAUGGUCUGUAUUUCACCUGUUUUGCCAUCUUGAAUUGUUGGAAUGUAUCUGUGCAGGCUUUGUGGAGCUCUGUCUGUAAUAAUUGUUGUGGCUCUCGUAAUACAUAUAUAUUUUUUAAACUCUUGAGUCACUUCGGUAUUUUAAGGUGUCCAGUUUUCCUGGCGUGUAUGCAUCAGACUCUUGUCCCAAUAUGGUCUGGAUUCGUGAUGUUCUACCCUCUUUUUGAGGCCUUGUUAAUGUCCUACCGAUUGCAUCCCGGUCCAUGGACCAAACCAAGCGGCAUGGUGCUUCUUCAGCUGCUGCUGUCUGCAAUGAGUACUGCAAAUUCUUGGCGCCUUUCAUGGUCUGACUUCUACUUAUGUGCAAAACGUAGAAGUCUGUAAAAUAUGGUAAUCUAGCAUGGGACAAAGAAGGUCAAUCCAAAUGCAAAGCUCCAUGUGAUAAAACACAAAAGGAAUUAAUUGCAUCUUACAUACCUCCUUCAAGGCUCUUUAAAGAGGGUAGAAAAUAAGAUUAGUGUUAAGGUAAUUGCUGCAGAGCACAGGCAUUGCUAUUAAAGUGUCCUACCCGUGACAUCUAGAUCUGUACAUCUUCAAAGUAUCAAAAUGCCAGGCUGUCUAACCAGUUCUACUCAUCUCUGUUUCUAGUGUGUGAAAUUAUGCCUGUUAGAUGUGGGAUACUGAUUCAUAGUUUAUACAGUUGCCAAACCCUCAACAGCAGCUGCUGUGGAAGCUCAGAGGCUGGAAUAUGCAUGAUGUAGACUAAUUACAUUGAGAGAGGAUUCAUUCAAGAAUGUUCUUUGUAAAUGCCUGUCAUGCUUGUAUGCUUGUAGUGUCUUUAAAUGAUAAAGACUAGCCUAUAUAUAGAAGGACUAAAUGCUCAGCUGGUGUAAACAGCACAGCUCCCCCAACUGCCAUGGAGUCUGCAAGAGUGACACCAAUCCAUGAUUUGGCUCGACAUUCUCUAAAGACACCCUGGUUUAUGAAGAUGUUCUGUAUAAGACACGGAGAAUUACCUGAGUUGCCAUUAAUUUAUCUGCUUUCUUUUUUAAUUCUGUGGGCCAAGUUUCUUUUCACAUUCAGGAACAUAAUAUUUGAACAAGGAGAGACACAGCUAGGAACUAUUUAUGCAGGUGAAAAUAGCUUUUAAGGGAAGAGCAAUUAUAUCUUAAAUGUAUUAGAAUUACUGUCAAAAUAACUUUUGUUCAUCUUAUCACAAUAACUGGAGUUGAUAAAAAAGAAUUAUUUUACAGCUGGUGUACCUGUAUCACAGAGACAUUUAAAAAUGUCUUGGCUAGACAUUUCAAAUGGUAUGGGGAAAUAUGAUCUACUUCUACAGAUUUAAAAAAAUUCCUCAAGAACUGAUGGUACAUUUUAUAGUGCCUUAUAAAUAUAUAUAAUAUGCAUAUGUAUGUAUGUGUGUGUGUGUGUGUGUGUAUAUGUAUAUCUAUAUGUGUGUAGAUAUAUAUAUGUAUAUGUAUAUAUAUGUGUGUAUAUGUAUAUAUAUAUAUAUAUAUGUAUAUAUAUUCUAGUAAAGCUAGUUACAGGUCUGCUUUUCUGGUGUAUUUUAAAUGCAACUGAUCUUUGCUUAUAGAAACAAAAGUAGGGGCUGUGUCAGUGGCAAAAUAUCAAAUGUGAUUGUGAAAGUACAGGCAAACACAAGAAAGAAUGAUCGAAGGCAGUACCUCUGCCAGGGGAUUUCUUAUGCUGGUGAAAGAAAAGUUAGCAGCAGAUCAGUUUAGGACUGCUUUAAGAGCCAUUCAGAAAGAAGUAAACAGAAUUACAAAGGCCUGGAACAUAUCAGUAUGGUUAUUUUAGACCUUUCCCUUCUUUAUUUUGUAUAUUUAUUCCUAUAGCUUCUAUUGCCCUAUAUCUUACACAUUUGCCACCUUCUUCACAUCACUUCUUCCCAGCCACAGUAGAAGGGAAAAGAAGGGAUCUGAUGAACCAAGUGGUCUGACUUGCUGUAAUUAGUCCUGUGUAGUCAGGUACACUGUGGGCGCGUCUACGUAAAAUGCUUUACUUGAGAUUAGAGCAAAUUACUGCGCAGAAGUAUUGCACAGUCACCAUCUACAUGUGCAGAUGCUUACUGUGCAGUAAUUUGCUCUAAUCACGAGUAAAUUUGCUACCUAUAAAUACAAGUAGCAAAUUUACUCGGGAGUAAUUACUAUGCAGUACAGCAUGUGUAGAUGGCUGACCAGGAGCAAAUGUGCACCCAGGCAGCAGGGAGCAGGAGAUUGCUCCCUGUCCCCAGGAGCUGCUGGGGCGGGCUCCACUGCUGGAGCCCGGGUGGGGACAAUGUCACCCUGCCCACAGAGGUGAUCAUGGAGCGGGGGCUGGAGGAUUCUUACUCCCAACCCCUACUCUAUAAUUGUGGAGCAAGGGCUGGAUAUAAUUAUCUCCCAGCCCCUGCACUGCAAGCAGUUGCAGAGCAGGGGCUGGGAGUUCUCUGCUGCCGGGGCAGGAGGACAUUGUCCCUGCCUGGGCUCCAAUAGCGGAGCCUGCCCGGCCACAGGCAGGUCCUGGGACAGGGAUGGGAGCAAUCUCCCAGCCCCCACCAGGAGACAGCUGUCUCCUGGUCCUGUGCUCCCUGCCAGCCCCUGGGCUAGCACUCGAGGGAGCCUAGAGCUACCCCUGGCUGCUGCAGGUGACUGGUGCAGGGCCAGCAGGGGCGGGAGAAGACUGCUGCUGUGAGCAGCAAGUUUGCUCCCACUUCUCCACAAGUGUAGAGACUUGCCUGGGGUGGGGUUACUCUGGACUAAAUUACUCUAGAGUAAACCCACCCCCGAGUAUUCGCAUGUGUAGAUGUGCCCUGUUAGUAAAUGGUGCCUAUCUAUAUUUGGCCUGGAAUUGGAUAUACAAAGACCAGUGCUCUAAGGCAGUGGUUUUUAACCUGUAGUUUGUGGAUCCCUGGGGGUCUGCAGAUUAUGUCUAAUGGGUCUGCGAAAGAUGACUAUGAUCAAUCAAAAGUAUGUGAAUACUGAAUAUCCACACUUAUAGUUCAAAGGGGUAUGUAUCGCCAUUUGAAAUGUUUCGGGGUCCACAAAUUUAAAAAAGUUGAAAACCACUGCUCUAUGGGAUAGAGGGGGUGGGGAAGGGCUGGCUGCAUUUUCACAUGAGUCUAAGAGAAGAGAAAACGUAAUUGUCUCAAAGCUAUCAUAGGAAAUCUGGUAUAUGUAUGCAGCAGGGAGAUACCACGGGUCUCCUUCACCUUGGUAGCAUUCAUCCUGCCCCACGGACAAAAGGACCACCCUAAACAAUUUCCUGCCCAGUCACCAAACAGCCCUGGCAACUUCUGCAAAGCUUUGGAGGUUAGCUCUUGUAUCACAGAGGAUAAGUGACUCUUGGACUCUCUUAUCUUGCCCCUCCAUUUUCUCCCCCUCUUGCAUACACACUAUCUUAUACUAGGUAACUAUCCUAUUUCCUUUUUUCACACUCUGGUUUGUUUGCUUUUUGGUGGAGUCCUCCAACACCUGAGGCACACUAAUUGUCUGUGUAAAGGGCACGAGCGAAGAGGAGUAACACUAACUGUCCUUAUUGUGUUAGAUCUAGUAUGCACAUUGUCUCCCAGGAGUAUGUAUCUGGUCUGAAAAGAACAGUAUGGGCUGCCUGGGCAGCGUGAGCAGACCAGUUUAAGAUAUUUUUGUUAUCCAUUCCCUAUUAAACUAAGCUGCACCUGACUUCUUGAGCAUAGACCAUUAAGUGGAGAUUCUGUGGUCCAGCCUGAUAGCAGAAGGUACUUUAUGACAGAGGGGCCAAUUCCUGUGGUUUUCAAUAGUUCAGGAGCAUCUCGGAAACUUCAAGGGGAAAGAAGUGUGGCCAACCACAAAUGUUCAAAAAUCCUAAGAGUUAAAGAAAAGAAACACUGGAUUAUUUGUACCUGCAUUUCACACGUUGAGUCUUCAAGGUGCAGUUCGGUCAACUUUGGACAUAUUUUCCAGUUUCCCAUUACAGCCAUGAGGAUCAUACAAUAGUAAUCAUGACUCCAAGAGCUGGUUUAUUAACAACUGCAAGAUUUGUCAUGAAAUCCCAGGAGUCGGCAAUAUUUCUGUAAUUUUCUAACGUGCACCUAAUGGCAGCUGUAUUUACAUAGAAGCUGCUCACAAGGUCUUGCUCAUCACUCCCCCCCCGGCAGUGAGAUGCUACUGGUAAUACCAAUGUACAGCUGAAAUAGCAUUGCCCCAUUGCCUUCUACAUUUUGAAGCAAGCAAAAUUCUCGGUGCAAUCCUUUGGCAGUUCUGUGGCACCUGUUCGUCUAAAACAUAUGUUCAUGCUACAGUUGCUUUUCUGCCUGCCAGGGUUAAGGCAAAGGAGAUCACUAAGAAAACAUCAGAAGAUACCACAGGGCUAGAGUAGGUCUCAAGUUAGGGCAUUUAAAGCUAAAUAGUGUAAACUGACUAUUUAGCCCUUUAGGAAUGUUUUGGCUAAAAUUUAAAUUCAGUAAAAACUAACAAAGGUGGCAACCCUAUUCUCUUCCCAUUCCAACCAGAAUGGGCUCUUGUAUUCUUGUUUUCCCCACGUCAGAUUAGAAUACAACUGUGCAUGCCUUCAGUGCUGUUACCUAGACUGCCCCCUGCCAGGAAAACUCAUGCAUAUCAAUGAUAAUUUAGGGAAAAAAACUGAGAGAAUAUACCUAGUUUGCCAUAUAACAGGAGAUGCCUGAGUACCCUAUAAGGGAAAGGGCAAGUUCCCAUCUAAUGCAUCACUCUUUAAUUAUCUUCUCUCUUUUAGGAUCAAAGUAUGCCCAGAGGUGUAUUCACUGAGACAUUUGUGAACACACGUGGUUGAUGGUGUGGACUGAGGCUAGGGUUUUCAGUAUCAAAACCACAGCCCCUGAACCUUUGUGAUAAGGAAGGAACUCUUCUGCAUGAGAAGAGUAUUUCCAAAGAGACAUAGGACCAUGCAUUAAAGCCAGUGCAUUAAGCUAGUGUGCUUUGUUUGCAAUAAAGUGGGUAAAAUCAUGGCCCUGUGAAUUUCAGCUUUAAUUUUAAUAGAGCCACAAUUUCAACCAAUGUGAAUUUCUUCCAUGAUGCCUACAGGUCAUAGUUAAUUAAUGUUAGAACAGAGUUAUUUUUGCCUUCUAGAUCUGUUCAAGAUAAACUUCAGAAUUUUUCAAAACCAAAGGGACAACCUUCUUUGUAGAAAAUCUUCAUAAAUAUAUCCCCACUUCUAUUGCUGCUGCUGCUUCUGUUGCCCUUGCCACCCAAAGCCUACAUCAGUGGGCUUUAUACAGGGGCUGGGAUGAGGAAAGAAUCCUUCUUACAUUGCCUAAUUGUGUGGUAAUCAGGAAGAAAUGUAAUGCACAGCUGUUCUUUUACCUGUACUUCAAGGGGCUGUAGCUGACAACUGGUCAAAUCCCAUACCAGGCUCCAGACUGCACUGCUGUAGAGAUGCUGUGUGCAUGGGGGUGAAAAGCACCCCUGCGUAGUGUGUUAAAAGCCUCUUUCCCCAGCUAGGACAGGAGUGACAGCAGACAGACCUGAAUUAAUGACUGUGCUUUUGGGACUCUGGAUGAAGAGAUGCUAGAGGACCACAGUGUAAUCUGAUCACCCUUUUUGUAGCAUGCCACCCUCACUAUCCUGCUUUUCCUCAUGUGAAGUUACGUGUUAAAUGACUAUGACAUUGCCAAUAAUCUUUCCAAAUAGCCCUGCCUUCUGUUUUUGUUUCGUUGCUCUAGAGCUCUGGAAAAGGCAUGUGGCAUGAGGAGAUGUGUCAUGGACAUGAAUGAAUGCAGCCUUUACUUAGGCAAUGCUCCCACUGCAGCUACCCCAACAUCUGAGUAAAUCCCAUGAGUAGCACUGAGGGCCCAGACCUGCAGCCUAUGCACAGCCAGUCCUGUUGGCUGCCAGAUCAGGCCUUAACAUGGAAGAUGGCUAACAUUAUAGAUUUAAAAACAGGAAAACUGAGGCUUAUAAAUAGAUGGUUAUGGCGAUGAGUAAUUUUUUCAGAGCAUCCUUAUCACACAUGCAGUCAGGCAGAUGACUUCCAUGGUGUUGGUCACAAGCUGAUGCUCUUCAGAUAAUAGAGCAGGCCUACUUAGCACACGCAGCAUAUUGGCAAUUGCCCAGCAUUAAGGGUCACAAUUUGCAGCAAGCAGACACACUUGUUUCAUGUACAAGGGAAAGGAAGGUCUCCUGGCCCAGGCACUGGGAUAGGCUUCAAUUCCUGGCUCUAUCUCAGAUUUCCUGUUUGACUUUGGACAAGUCAUUUAAUCUCUCUGUGCCUCAGUUCUCUGUGUCAAAUGGGAAUCCUCACAAGGGCAUUGUGAAUGCCUGAGAGCUGCUUUGACCCUAUGGUGUGGGGACAAGAUGCAGAUCUAGACAGAUCCUUCUCACAGGCAUCUAGGUAUCAAAUCUGCAGAUUUCAGCAUUUUCCUACUUCAUUCUCAAGCCUUCAGCAUCAUUUUAACUUACUUGCUUACUGAUGGAACUUGGAGGGUGACUGUCUGAUACACAUUCUAUAUGGCAAGCUGGGUCUUUAAUACUGACUUUGAAUAUCACGUUUACUACAGAUCUGAAACAAGUUUCUGCCUUGAUCUUUCCUUGACCUCUUGCAUAUUUCCUUAUAAUGUUUGCCCCCUGCCAAGACUCCCUGCUAUACAUGAUCUCUUAAUUCCAAAAGGGCAUAUGCAUGACUGCCUUAAGUAAUUCAGCUCUCCGUUGCCUGCUUAUUGGGACAGUUGUAUAUAGAUUUUUUAAAUAAAACAUUGACCAGAAAUACAUUCAAAUGGCAGUAGAUUGAGUGGCCUUCAAAAGAGGACACCCCAUCAUAGUGGGCUAUGGGUACGUAGCACAGUGAUCUUGGAGUUUUAUAGACAUGGCCAUGGUGUGGGUUGCUGAGGAAAUACAACCUUUUAAUUUUUUUCUGGAGAGCUAAGAAUAAGCUGCUAUGUUGCCAUGACAAAACAAUGAUUACUCCUUGUCUUCUUGUGUCCAUGUUAAUGUUGUACAGAAAUACCUAUAAAUAUAUAUUUAUCUGCUACACAGUAUUCAUAGCACAUGAAGGAUAUCAAAGAAGGAAUAAACUUGUAUAUUGGUGCACAAAAAUUUCCUUUGCUAAGAUGUUCUUUCAUCCAGAGCCCUGUUGGUCCUAAAUGUAAUAUGAAGGGAGUAGGGAGGGUUAGAAAUAAUAACUCAUUGGGAUGGUUAAGACAUGUAAACACACCUGCUUUUAAAGGGUAGUGGUUAGUGUGUGUGUGAGCGUGUGUGUAAAUACAAGUUGCAUGAGUUUAUUUAACUGUAAAGGAAAAAUAAAUAUAUUUAUUUUCACUUGUAUUAAAGCACAGAAUGGCUACAUUUUUUCAAACCUUGUAACCCUAAGUAAGAAAAUAUACCAUGGUAAUUUACUGUAUUUCUCCUUCAUUUUUUACAGAAUUUAUAAUGCUGUUCUAUAUGGGUAUUUUACUUUUCAUUUAAUUUCCAAAAUAAAUUUUUUCUCAUGUUUUA